CUAAGACAUUCUUAAUUUCCAUUGGAAAAACCACAGAAACACACAGAAAUGGCUGGUCAAGAUCCCCACGACUCAUUUUCAGGCCAAGCUCAGAUGAGAAGAGCUAGCCUGCAAGAUCAAGGUGAGAACCAGAAUUUCCUUCAAGAGACUGGAACACAAGCCAAGAACAUGGCGCAAGGCGCGGCUGAUGUGGGCAAAGGAGCCGUGCUCGGGGCAGCCAGCCUUGCCCGUGGCGUGGCCACGGGUGCUGCCAAUGCAGCAACAGGGGCAGCUGAUGCUAUCAGAAACACCUUCGCGGGCGCCCCUGAAAGCCAUCACUACAGCAACGCUAGCUCGGACGCCUCGACUAAUCCAAGUGCAAAUCAAUCGACUUACUCCAACAGGCCUGGCUAUCCACACAACCCUAACUAAACCCAUCUACACUUUUUAGAUGCAAUAUUUGAAUUUAGUUUAAAAUAAAUUCUUUGGUGCAUACGGAAGGUGGCUAGUGAUGCAUUUAUUUGAAAAAUAAUUUAGGAUUUUAUUUGAUUUGUAGGAUGGCGAUGAUUUGAUAUCGUUCCCUCAUUCUAUUUCAG